GCCGCUGCCACUGCUGCGAGGUGCCGGCGGGUUGGCCGCCCACGCUGGGCCGGGAAGCCUUCGACAAACCGUCCCUCAUCCUCAACUGCACGCGCGGCACCGGCCGCAACAAAGUCGGCGGGGAGACGCAGGCGGACACGUCGCCGUACGCCAAGGCAGGGUUCCACGGGCGCCUCCUGUGGGCGACGUACCGGCUGAACGGCCUCACCAUGGUCUACCCGCUGGACCUGUACGAGGUGCGCCUGCUCGACCUGUCGGACAACCUCAUCCGCUCCGUGCACUCGGGGGCCUUCUCCAACAUGCGCCUACUGCAGCGCCUCUCCCUCGCCCGGAACAUCCUUACCGAACUCAACAAAAAGGUGUUUUCUGGCCUCAGUUCGCUGGAGUUCAUCGAUCUUGCUCAGAAUCAGCUCAAGUCCUUGCAGGUUGAUUCGUUUACCAGCGUCGAGAGCCUGCACUUUCUCAACCUCUCUGGCAACGCUAUUGAGAACGUUGAGCCACGAGCACUGUUCGCCUUCGCACCGAAUUUACAGGUGUUGGACCUGUCCCACAAUAAGCUAACCACCCUGGAGGAGAACAUGUUCCACGGGCUGUCUGGACUUACCGAGCUCUACCUCUCCGGUAAUAGUCUUCAGACACUUGACCUCGCCAUGUUGGCCCCAGUCGACGCUCUCCAGGUGCUAGACGUAUCGGGCAACAUGCUGGACGGAGUGGUGGGCAGUGGCCCCAAGUCAGUACGCGACGUGCGGGCAGGCAACAACCGGUUGUUGGAGGUGCAACAGUUGCUGGCUGGCUUCCCGGUGGCCACCAUCCUGCGCGUGCCCGACAACGCCAUCACCAGCCUCGACGGGGUCGGGCUCCACAAUCUCGUGGAGCUGGACAUCUCGGGGAACCCCCUGUCGUCCCUGCCGGCAGAGCUGUCGGCCCCGUCGCUGCGCCGCCUGGAGGCGUCGCGCUGCAGCUUCGAGUCGGUGCCGCCGCAGCUGACGGGAGACCGCCUGCCCAGCCUGGAGGUCCUCGUCCUGGACGGCAACAAGCUGCUGCGCAGCGUCUUCUUCCCGAAGAACGCGGCCUUCCUGCGCCUGCGAUACCUCUCCCUCAGCAGCCUGCCGCUUCUGCAAGAGGUGCCUGCAGGAGCAUUUGAUGGGUUACUGAAGGCAGAAACAGGUGAUGUUGCAGAGAGUUCUACUGGUGGUGACAACUGUAGAACUGGCACUCUGCAACUGCGACUCUCUCACAACAACAUGCUGAGCAGCUUGCAGCCAGACUCUUUUCAGGGAUUGCCUCUGUGUACGCUGGAUUUGAGUGGCAAUGCCCUGGAGACCCUAGAUCAGACUACAGUUCAGUGGGAAAAUCUAGAAUGGAUUGAUCUGCAGCACAAUCCCUGGGACUGCCAAUGCUCCCUGCAGUGGAUGGUGGACACUGUCGUUACACUUCUAUACCCAACAACUCAUGCUGACCUUCUGUACGAGCUCAGAUGUAGCACACCUGCAGCAUUGCGAGGAAGGCGAUUAGUACAUUUCUUCAAUCAGUCGAAGCCUGCACUGUGCAGGGAACCAUUCAGUCGCAUGACAGCAGCCUCAGACGGAGAUGUGAAUGUCAGCCUUACUAUGGGUGGCUCAGGUGUGGCACUUGGUGUCAUACUAGGAUUGUGUGUGCUGCUGAUCAUCCUGAUUGUGAUUGGUGUUGCUCUCACAUGGAGACGGCGAACUGCUGUGCGCAGGCGAAACCGCCGUUUCUAACCAAUGAAAAUGGUAUGAUUGAGUAAGGAGAUGUCAAAGUGUGUGGUGAUUGAGACCAGAUGACUGGUUUAUAGUCUGAUGCUUAAUCACUAUCUAUCAGUAGUGAUCAAUUUUUUAAAGACCAUGUUUAUUAUCUUAUAUAUGUGACAACCAGGUACAUUUCAUGAUUAGAUGUAUCUGAAGAAAUUGCUAAAUUGCAAACAGGGGAAUGGCCUACACAGUAGUUGGAGAAACAUUCCAUAUUUCUUACGUAGGUCUACAUCUGUUCUCCUCACUUCUCUGGGGAUAAGAACACAUAAAAUAAGAGCUUUCUAUUGUUGAAAGUCAAGCAGCAGCCAUUAUGAUAUACAAUUAUUUCACCAAUAUUAUUUACAAAUUUUGAAAAGCUUCUUUAAUUACUCACACAUUUAACAUAUGUUGUGUCUUUCUUUCCAUCUUCAUAUCCAUUUCUUCAACCUGCUGAGAGGCACAAAUAUAUUAACUAUGGCUGUCAUAUUGAUAAGCCAUCAGUAAUGGCAAAAAAAUUAGGAAUGCUAAUUCAACAUUACUGUAUCUCCUUAUAGUGCUGAAGUACAUCCAAGUUUUUGAAACUUAUCAUUUCCCUCUUUGGUGUCCAGUAUAAAACGAUUUGAAUCAUACAGAGUAAUAUGUGUAUUGCAAAUUCUAUUUACUGUAACAAAGAAGCACAUGUGUGUUAAAUUGUAAUGUCAAGGAUUCAACAACUAAAUGGCGGAAGAAAAAGUAUGUUAUUUGCAAGGAGGUGGUGCAGUAAUAUGAUAGAUGUUAAACAGGAGGAGUAUAAGUGAAUUAAUUUCUUCUACAGAUUCUAGUGUUACCACAUUGAGUAUUGAGUGUUAUGACAUUGAGUAUUGCAACAAGAUGUCGUAAUAAUAUCAACUUAGUUGUACAAACCUGUAGUGCAAUUAUUAAUUAUUCAGUGUUAUUUGUAUUUGAUCUUUUGUAGAUUCAUGUUAAGCAACAACAUUACUCCAUAUAUCAUGUUUUCCACCAUCACACACUCACUGUUGGACUUCACUCCAGAUGAUAAUUACCAAAGCUGGAUCUCCCAGUUGUUCUGUAGGUUAUUCUGUACAGCAUAAAUUAUCCUCUGUUAAGUACUGCUAAGUACUGUGAUUUUUGCAUACGUUCUGAGAUACGGGGCUUCCCAGAAGUCUCAAAACUAUGUGAAUUAUUCUUGAGUUUUCUGAACGGUAACUUCGUUAUUGUCAUUCUCUCAGUGAUUUUGUGAACUGUCAUUAUUACAUUCUCCAUCACAGUGAUCUCAUUAUUUUAACACAGUAGAAACAUCGCAGCAGCAAAAGUAGAUUUUUUUCUGUUCUGAUAACAUUGUAAAGUUAAUGAGAAAAAUAUUCAUCUACUUGUCAUUAACCCUUGAGCGGGUCUGCCAUUUUUAAUAAUAUGGGUGGACAUGCAGCAUGUUUUGCACACAUGGAAAGAAUAGCUGUCUUUAUGUUACCAAGGUAAACACAUGUUAAUAAAGUCACUGUUUACUAUUAGUUUAAUUAAACAGUGAUAAAAUAAACUUACAUAAUACAAGCUGAAGCACUGUUUGGUUAAACAAUGAUGUAAUAAACUCUCAUUGUAUCACUCUAUUACCACGGACAGGUGUUACCUCACAAUAAUUACCCACUCAAAGCAUUCUACAGCACAGUUGCAUUAGAUCCCAGCCAACUACUUGUUUGGUUACUAAUUAUCUUGUAGAUAAAUGCCUCAUAGUGGGAUUGUGCAGUUGGCUGGGAUGUAAUGCAACUGUGCUGUUGAAUGUUUUGAGUGGGUCAUUGCUUGCAAUCUGGGUUAUUUUCUUGCACGGAACAUUUUUUUUUUUUUAACUUGCUGUUUUUUAUAUUACUGCUGCUCACUUGUUAUAUGACAACACAAUUUAUCACAGUAUUAACUGAAGUGAUAAUGAAGAAAUGGGUAUGGACUCACAAUUGUGGGCUAACAAUGGAACAUUGCAAGACAAUUUUAUUUGUGGUUGGCGCACUACAUACGUAGGCAUGCCCGCUAGAGGGUUAAGAUGCAGAUGUGUACCUAAAAGUAAAGGAAUAGUUUUUUACUGCACCUUUGCAUAAAGAAAACUUUGUGCUUAAGAAAGCUGAAAUAACAUGCCACAAUAAAUGUGAACUAUAGAAUUGUGAAUGCAUCAUGUAUAUCAUUACAUUGUACAAUCAUGAACUGAAUUCACGUUUGUAAUUUUUAACAUUUCCACAAAUAAAU